CUAAACGCAUUAGACAAAAUUAUUUCUUUUUCUAACAAUGAUUACGUUAAACGUUUUUCAUUUUAGUUUUGGCGGCUUUAUUUUAAUUAUGGCUUAGACCAGCUAAUGUGUGGGGGUGAUGAUAAUAAACGAAUGACAAAAAUCUUACCGAACCAUGUUUUAUUACUGUAAGAAAUUGGCAAUUCCGAAAGUGUGACACCGGUGAAUCCCAAAAUGGCUCCUGACAAAAUACACGGCAAUAACGAUAGUAUAGCUAAUAUACCCUGUAAAAAAAAAACACAUUUUCAUUGACAAAUUAUUUGUGAAUACAUUUUUAAAAUAAAUGUUAUUACUGAUUGUUUAAUUAUCAUCAAACCUAGUAGACUUACCGGUGAAAUGGAUGAAUUGUACAACGGUUUUUGGAUGACCACGGUGGGCUCAGGUUUAGACGGUGCACUAGGACCUGGUUGAUUUUCCAUUUUUCAAAAAAAAAAAGCACUUUGUAGUAGUAUUUUUCAAAAGCUCUACUCGGCUUCGUAGUAUUAUUAUUAUUAUAUGAGUACACUAAGCUUUGGUGGUGUAUUCUCUCCAGAAAUACACGGGCAUUUGAACGGCUUCAAAACGGUAUCAGGUGACCGUAAAUGGGUGGGUAUAUAUUAUAUUAAAUGCAAUGUGUAACAAGAAACUGUAUAGUGAAUAGAUAUAAUCAAAUAAUGACACAACACCAAUUAGUCAGAAAAACAUUUUUGUUAUUAUGUUUACGUGUACCACAGUGCAAUUAUAUAUGUGAUUUACUUAUUUUUAUAUUCAAUGUUGUAAAAAUUAAUUAUACGCUCAUAACACACACACGAGGAGCAGUUAUUAUUCCAACGACGAUAACAAAACGUUUAAAGUGUGCAAGCGAUGCUUCAGACGAAAACAUCGAUGAUUCCAUCAUGCACAAUAACACAGAACUUAUCGACGGAUUAGACAAUUACAUACGGGGAGAUUCAAUCAGACCAACAAAUGACUGCGGCGUUACACAUAAAAGAAUCAGAACGGGAGCCAAUGCCAGAGAACGAGACCGGACUCAAAGCGUAAAUGCGGCCUUUGAUCUACUCCGAUCGACCAUACCCAUUGAUCCACCAGAUCGCAGUCUUUCUAAAAUCGAAACUCUACAGUUGGCCAUGAAGUACAUAAAUCAUUUAUCUCGAAUCUCGUCUUGCGAAGACUGCAGUGCAUAUGAAAUAUGUAUAUUUUGCUUAGCAAAUAAACCCAUUACAAAUAAUGAACAAAAUGAUACACAAUGUAUAAUCACCAAAAAUGGUUUAUUAUGAUACACUUUCGAUAUUUUUUUUUACUCUUCAUAAAUCAAACAAAUGUUAAACUAAAAAAAUAUGUGUGUAUGUACAUCACUUACAUUAAAUUAUAUAAAAAAAUAUAGUUUAAAUUAUGUUAUUUAUUUUUAAAAUUAAUUAUAAAUAAUGCUGUGCAAGGUAUUUAGACCAAACU